AAUGCAAAAACUCUUACAGCACUACGACGAAUUCAAAAGAAAAACUUAUUAAGUGCAAUAUUCAUCCUUAAUUUCAGCUGCAUUUCAGGAAUGGCGAGGUCAUCAAGCUUGACGGAUACUCUACCUAUUCCAAUCGCAUAAACAGAACAUCCUCCAUUUUGUCUAUAGUUUUAUUUGCUCCUUUUAGAGUUGCUAGGAACAACAUCAUCUAUUUCACUCUGUCUAUAAUUUCUAUGAUUUUACUAGCUUCUAUUUGGACCAUGUAAUUUUAUAACUAUUGUAGAGAUUAGCAAUAAUAUGAAUUUUAUUUCAUCUUCUCUUUUUAACUUUUUGCCCACAUAAGUGUUGAGAUUUACAAUAAAUUCAAAAUCAAUGGCCUGGAUAUUAAAUUAAACAAUCAAGAAAAUAAAAUAUUGAAAUAAUGGGAUGAAUGUAUAAGUAAUAAGGAGAUAUUAAAGCGAAUAAAAUAAAAAGCAUCUUAAAAACCCAAGAAUGAAGAAAUUAAAGAAAAGGAUCGCACUAUACCAAUAAAAAUUGAUCAAAGUAUAAAAAUUGAUCAAAUAUAACGUCAAUUGAGUUAAAAAAGCAGGUCUUCUGGGAGUAUUAAUUUCAACUUUAGUUUAAUAGUUUAAUCUCAAUUUUCAAGGCAAUCAAUUAACUAAGGCCGGCCUGCAGGGUCCCCAAGAUAAGAUAGAUUUGAUAGGAUGGGAUCAAGAGCCUCAUUGAUGAGUCCACUCAUUCAUGAGGAUAUGAUUAUUAAAAAUGAAUUAAAAAUCAAAUUGGUCUAGGAUCCUGCAAUUAGAAAAUUCAUGCAAUAAGUACCUUGCAUUUUUGAGAAAAAUACUUCGAGAUCAAAAAAGAUUAUUGAUUCUAAAAUAAUUAAUACUGCCGAUAAAAUGGAUCUCAUUAAAUCCAUUACUGCGGCAGAAAUUAAAUUAGGAGAUGUUAUUAUUGUAGAAAGAAAUCAAAUUGCUUCUUGUGAUAUACUUGUCUUGUAUUGUAAUGAUGAAAAUUUUGCCAUUUCAAAUCAGUUGUGUGAGUAUUCAAACAAAAACAUGAGAAAACCUUUAGUGUAAAAUAAAUGUAAAAAGAUAAAAUUAUUAAUUCUUUAGUUGAUUCUCAUAAUUUAGUUCUAUUCAAAAAGUCCUUUACCGGAAAUAUUCAAUUAAAUGAAACAACAAACAACCUUUCAGGAUAUUUCUAGCUCAAAAAAGAUCCAUAAUCAAAAGGUAUUGAAGAUGAAAAUUUUAUUUUUGCUCAAGAAAAACUAUUAAAUACUCCUUGGGUUAUUGGGAUUGUUAUCUAAGUCGGAUUGAAUUGUCGUUGCUAUAAGUAAUUUGAAAUUAGACCUUAAGUUCCAAAUUAUUCAUAAAGAUUACUUAUCUCAAUGAUUUUUCUUUAUUUUGCUUUUUUAAUUGUACAUUUUUAUUAAUCUAUUAUAGUUAAUGUACGCCAUCACUUAUUAGAAUAAGUAUGUUAAUGAAUAUUUAGAUAUCAUAUCCUUAUUAUUUACAAACUUGCUUAACUUGUUAUUUUUACUGCCACAUAGUUUCAGAUUCUAUUAUAAUCUAAUUUAAUUAUUCUAAUAACGUAUUAUAUAUAAGAUCAGUUAAAUGGAUAUGAAGUAGAUCAAAGCAUUUCAUCCAGAAUAUUAUCAAUAAUAUAAGCGUUUGACAUUGAAUUUAGAUUCAAUACUAGAAGGUACAUUUGAAUUAAGAGCAAUAAUUUGCAACAAUCGCAUUUGUCAUUGUCGAGAACAAGAAUUAUUUCAACAAGCUCAAGUAUAUGCCUCAUCAAUAUCGAGUCAAAAUAUUUUUAAGACUGUAGAUUCUAAAGAGGAUUCUAAAAUUGUUGAUAUUUAAGCAUCUUAUAGUCAUUAAAUAUAGAGUUCUAAAUAAUAAAAUAAUACAUAAAAUUCUGGCAGAUAUUUAGAAGAAGAAAUUUUUAGUUAUGAGGCUCAAGAGGAAAUGGUUCUUAAUAUGCCUUAAACUGCUGGUUUUAGACUCAUCAGCAACUUUACAAACAAUGAUAAUACUUAAUAAGAAUUUAAUGCGCUUGUAUAGCAUUAAAGCAUUAACCCAGAUAAAAGUGAUUAUCAGCAAAAAUCCAGCAUCAAUAAAGUUCAAUUAUCAAUGAACAGUAAAAGUGCAAAGUAGGUAUCUCUGAAAGAUAGCAGAAUUGACAGAAAAUCAAUUUAUUUAAAUGACUUAAUCAAAAUAAUUACAAGUGAAGAUGAAUUUAAUAACAUUAUUUUGCUAUAAUUAGCAUUGAAUCACAUUUCAUAUUCCAAACUUAGAUAUACUUAGACGGGAGAAGAAAAGAUUAAAAAUGUCUAAGUUAAUUUGUUGGACGAAAAACAAACUUAAAUAGCUAAAGCUUUUGGAUUUGAAUUCAUUUGUGUAAAUAACGUUUAGUAAUUAUAAUUAUAUUUAUUUUAGAAAUAUUUCAGCCUAUGUUGUUUAAAUCAAUUAGAAACUUUACUCAUUUAAGUUAGUUGAUUUUCAAAUUCAUCAUCAUACUCAAAGACUCUAUAUGUUAUUUGAAUUAGAUCCUGAUUUUGAAAAAACAUUAAAUUCAGAAUAUAUUUUAUUAGUAAGAGAAGCAAAUUAUAAAAAAUCAGAUAUUAUAGAUGAAAGCAAAUUUAAUCAAAAAUCAUCUAUUCAUUUUCUUCAUCAGAUGGAUUUGGAAUAACUACAUUAAAUUCACUAUUAUUCGUGCCUCCUUAAUCAUGAAGAUGCAGCAUAUUAUGUUAAUUAAUAAUCACUCCAAUACCAGAGCACUUUUGAAAGUGAAGAAUUUGUUUAUAAUUAUUUGGAACCCUUUUUGCAAUUUAAUAUCACUUUAGGAUAUAAAUAUAACAUCUAACCAAAAGCAUUAGAAUUUAUUAAAAAUUUUGAAAAGUCAAAAUAAUCGCUGUUUUUUUACACAGAAUAACUAUUUUCUUAUUCUAGUUCCAUUAUUCACCAGACAGAAAUAUAAAACCAUUUUAAAUUAAUAUUUGAUCAAGAUAAUGAUGAUGAUUUAAGAGCUUACUUCAAGAAAUCUUUAUAAUAAUUUACUUAAUUAUUUUCUGAGUCAAAUUGUGUAUCAAAUUCUUAAGUUUAAUCUUUAAAUAAACUGAUCAACCCAAUUUCUUCCUAACUUUCAAACAAAAAGGUUUAAGAGGACCAUCAUGUGGCACCUCUUAUUGCAAUAAUUUUGGGAAGUUAGGCUUGCAAAAUAAUGCUAAAUAACACUUACAUGAUUAAUCAUAUGAAAUUACUAUUUUCUUUGACAAAAAUAACUCUCCUAUUUGAUGCAAAUACUUAAUCUUUGAAUUUCGUUUAAAAAUUGUUUGACAAACCACAUUUAACAUUAAAUUUGAUUUUUGAAAACCAAACAUUGUUAAAAUGUCAUUAAGGGUAACAUUUGUAAAUUGCAUUACUCCAGGAAUUCAGUUACUUUCAAAAGGUAAAGUAUGAAAAUAUAAAUAAACAAACUUUUUUCAAAAACAUGAUUUAAUCCCUUAAAGUUAGAUUAGUCUAUGAAAGAUGUAAUUAAUUUAGAUUAUUAAAAUUUAGGUCUCUUUAAUGAAUUAUUAAUCUACCAUAAUACUGAUGCAAUACUGCAAGGAUUUAAAGAACUAAAUGAACUCCUCUUUUACUAUGUGCCUUUAUUAAACAUCUUAACGAAAUAUUAGUUUUUGAUUGCUUUUUAGAGAACGAUAUAUUUUUCAUCGUUUACUAUUACAGUUUACAUAACUAGUGUUUGGUUUUUCAACAAUUAAAUGGAUUUAAUAGUGGAAUUCGCAUUUUAUUCUUAUUUUUAUUCCUUAAUUAUUUAUAGUGCUAUAACCAUAGAAUUUAUUUAACAAUAAAACCUAAAUUCUAAAAGAGACUAAUAUUAAUAGAAAGUUAUAGAAUCAAUAAUUAACUAAUCAAAAAAAAAAUCCAAUUAUGUCUAAAUCGGAAUUAAAUGUAAAUUCAUAAUUUUUAUAUUAGCGAUAAUUUAAGGAAUAAUUACAUAAUUGAUAUUUACAUAUCAAAACCAAAUUUAAUCAGCAGAUGUUGUUAUUGUUUAUUGUUUUCUCUCAAUAACUCUGAAUGAUUUAAUUAGCUUAUUACUUUAGAUUGGCUAUUAAUUAAAGGUUGCUGUGUUCUUAAUUUAUAGUCUAUCAUAUUUAUUUUUUUUGUUGCUUCAUUUUAACAUUAUGGCUCCAAAUUUAGAGUUUACAUUUGAAAUUUCCAACCUAUUUGAAAUAUUACUAGUAAUAUUUAUAUUUUAAGUAAGUGAAUAAUUGUUUGAGCAUCAUUUUGUAUUAUAAGUACCUUAAAUGAAAGGUUUAUUUCAAAAAAUUUCAAAUUCAAUUAAUCAUCAAAAAGAAUCUAUGAACUAAAAAUAAAUAUCAAUUUUAAAUUUGCAAAGAGAAAUAAAUAAAAUAUUUGAAAACAUUGAAUAGGUGGAUUUUAAUCUUUAGAAGCGUAAUUUAUUAUGAUAUCAUUAAGUUUUACUAAGUUAGAAAUAAUUGUUUCAGAAUUUGGGCUAAUGGUAAUCCUAAAUUUUUCAGAAAGCUCAAUCAAUAAUGAAAUGGAAAUAGAAAUCGAGAAUCUAAGGAUUAUAGUUAAUAUUCUUUCAUUGUCAGAUGCUUAUUAUUAUUUAUUCGCAAUCAGAUACUAGUUACUAUUUUCUCAUCACUUACAUAGUUUACUUAAUAUUUUUAAUAGCGAUAUAUGUUUUUUAAUUGCUAUAUCACCUUAAUUCAAGGUAAACACAAUAUCUAGAAUUAAUUAAAUACAUGAUAUCAGGUAUAGUCACAUUAGUAGCAGUUCUGGGAUUGUCAGUACCUGGAAUGUCAUCAUAUUAUCAUUCAUUCUCUGAAAUCAUUGUGACAUUUUAACUAUCGAGUAAACUCCACCCAAUAUAUGAUAACAGGUUAUAUCUUAUACCUCUAGUAGUUGUAUUGAUCGGCUAUUUUGUUAUGUAAGAUCAUCUUAUUUAUAGAAAGUUUUUCUUUAAAUGUUGAUAUCACUCCUUACUUUGUGAUUAUUAAGAUCUCUAUAAUUCUAUUCUUUUCUGUACAACAAUACUUAAUCAAAAGCUAUGUAAUUUAUAAAAAAUAUUUAGUUUAUUUUACUUGAGGAAGAUUAGGCUACAAACUAAAUAAAUUUUAUAGAAGAGAAUAAUAAAAUUAAUGAUAUUUUGGGAAUUUUAUUGCCCAAAUUUGUACGCCAUCGUCUAAAUGAAAGUAAACUGAUUUGAAAGUUUAUUUAGCUGACUAAUAUAAUAUCCAUUAAAAUUAGGGACAUGUAGCCAUUGUUUUUUGUGAUAUUUGCAAUUUCGAUUAAAUUAUCAUGGAAGAGUAAGAAAAUAUAAUACCAUUUUUGGAUGACCUUUUUCGAACUUUUGAUAAGUACUGCGAAAUAUGUGGUGUUUAGAAAAUUGAAACAGUUGGCAAAACUUAUAUGGCUUCGGCUGGGCUUAAAGCCUGUGAAUAGGAAUUAGCAUAUCUAUCAGAAAUUGAACCAGUUUAAAGAGCCUUAAAUUUAGCAGAGAUGAUGAUUACCUAUAUUAGAUCAAAAUUGUAUUAUCAAGUUAAUAUUUAGAUGGGGUCAUCAAAGUUAGGCUUUAGUUGGUAAGAUUGGGAUUCAUUAUGGAAGAGCAAUUUCUGGUGUUAUUGGAUUUCAUAAACCAUAAUUUUCAUUAAUUGGAGACACAGUUAACACUACCAGCAGAGUGUGUUCAACAGGUUAAGAGGAUAAAAUUACCCUCUCCGAAAGGGCCUUUGAAUAAUUAAAAAAUGAUAAAAUAGAGUUUGAAGUGAGAUAUGUUGAGAUGAAAGGAUUAGGAUAACGACCAACCUAUGUUUAUGUCUAGAAAGGAAAUACUAAGAAUUAUAUUGCAAAAAGUUCUAUCAAUAAUAGCAAUUGUAACAGUAGAUAAAAUACAAUGAAUAUAGCAAAUAGAGUGAGAACUUAAUCAUCCCAUAAAGGAGGCUUAAAAAAGAGGUCUAUUGCCAUUCAAGACCCUUUAAAUCAACGCUCAAAAUAAUUAUUAUAAUUCUAAUUAUCGUGGAAUUACCAAUAGUAAAAUGGGUAGUAGAAUUCCUAGUCUUUAUCUGAAGAAAAUAGCAUCAAAAAAGGAUUAUAGAAUUCCAUAUCCAGUCAUAAUCUUAAUCAUUUUCCCCAAGACAAUGAUCAUGAAGACAAAUUAUAUAGAAAUAUUAAAUAACCAGAACUUAUUUCAUAAUUAGCAACUUUAUUUCAUCACAAAUUUCAUUUAGAAUUGUAUUAGCCUGAAGUAGACCAUUAUAUUAAUUACGAUUAAUUAUUAGUAAUUUUUGAUAUUAUUAAUUUAGAAUGUGAUUUUGCUUAAGAAUGAAAAUGGCUUAGAGGAUACCCUAAUACUUUAAAACUCGUUCAUUUCGUUAUUAAAAAAGUCAUAUAAUUCUAGUAAAAAUAACUAUUUGGAAUAUCAUGAAUAUAUUUACAAGCAAUCUGAGCAUGUGACGAAUAAAAUAAUUUAAAUUUACUCAUUUUAUUACCUGAUUAAAUAAUUUUGCUUAAUUGGAGUAUAUAAUAUGAUUUCAUUGCCUUUGAUAAUACUGCAAUGGCUUGGAUGUGCAUUAAAUAUUAUAUCCUUGCUGAUGUACAAGAAAAGAAUGAUAGACUAUUGGGUAUAAUUGAUUUAUAUGGGAUUAAGUUUUUAGCUUAUUCUUGCUGGUAUUUUUGUGAUUUUCGACAUGUCUUUGUUUUUAAGAUAUUCUCACAUAUUAGAAAUGAUAUUUAUCCAAUCAUUUUUUAGCAACAUAUAAUUAUUGCAUUUUUGGAUUAAAAUAUUAUUUUGCAUUAGCUCCUUUACUUUUGAAGCCUUUGUCUUGAUUUUUUGGAAGGAACAUAGUAUAUCACUCUUUUUUGCUUUCAUAGUGAUGGUUUAUAAUAUAAAUUAUUGUUACUUUUUGGAGGAGUAAUAAGUAGCUUGUUUCAAUUAGAAGAACAUCUUUUAAAGCUAAUAAGCCAAAGAAUCGCAACUAUUAUAAUACUUACUUCCUAAACAUGUAAAUCUAUAAUUAUAAGGUAGAUUCUAUAAACUUUUCUUGAUGAUAAUAAUAGAGCAAGAUGUUUAAGUGACAAAAUAGAGAAUGUUACUAUUUUAUUCGCAGAUAUUGCUGGAUUCACUGAAUACUCAAGUAGAGUUACACCUGAAGAAGUUUUACUAAUGCUAAAAAAUCUAUUUGUUGAAUUCGAUAGAAAGUGCUAUGAAUUAAAUGUUUAUAAGUUAUACACAAUUGGAGAUUGUUAUGUAGCAAUAGGCAUGAUUGAUUAUAACGAAAGAAACCCUGCAGAGGAGGCCAAAAAUAUAGUUGAUCUAGCAUUUGAAAUGAUUAGAAUUAUUGAAGUUGUCAGAAAGCAAAUCAAUUUUGAUGGACUUGAUAUGAGAAUUGGGAUUCAUACAGGGUGUGUAUUUGGAGGUGUGAUGGGUACGGAUAUAGUGAGAUAUGAUAUCUAUGGCCCAGAUGUGUUAAUUGCAAACAAAAUGGAAUCAAAUGGUAAAAAGGGAUAAGUUCAUGUCAGCGAAGUUACAAAAGAAUUGCUUGAGUAAGAUUAUGAAGAUAUUUAUGCUUUUACUUUAAAUACAAAAGUUACAUUAACUGCAAUUAACAGAAGCAUAGAUGGGUAUAUUAUUGAAGGCUUGGCAGAAGAUGAUUUUCCAUCUGAUUAGAUUAAUUCUUAAUAAAUCCAAGUUUAAUCUCUACAUUCAGAGCAUUGA